AUGGAAUCGUGUAAAUCAAUGUUGACUCAAGUGGAAGAAAGAUUGAAAUUAGAAAAAGAAAGUGGAGGUGAUCUUGUCAAUUCAACAAAUUUCAGAAGGCUAGUGGGAAACCUCAGGUACUUGACAACAACAAGACCUGAUAUAGUUUAUGGAAUUGGACUUAUAAGUAGAUUCAUGAACUCGCCAAGACAAUCACAUUGGCAAGUUGCAAAGAGAAUUUUGAGUUCUUCCAAGCCAGAGUUGAUUGGAUACACAAAUAAUGAUUGGGCAGGUGAAACUGAAACUCAAAAAAGCACUUCGGGUUAUGUUUUCUAUCUCGACACAUGUGUGUUUUCUUGGUCCUCUAAGAAACAACAAGUAGUUGCUUUGUCAACAUCAGAGGCAUAG